GUGGUAGUGCCCUUGUUUAGCUUGACGUUAUGAAUUGGGUUAAAAUAUGGGGAAAGUUGUAUUGGUGACCGGUGCUAACAGUGGCAUCGGCCUUGCCCUUUGUGAGCGCCUCCUGAGCCAUGACGCUCAGCUGCAGCUGUGUUUGGGCUGCAGGAACAUGCAGAGGGCUGAAGCCGCCAAGCACGCCCUGCUGGUCUCUCACCCCAAAGCGCAGGUGUCCAUCAUCCAGCUGGAUGUUAGUAGUGUGCACUCUGUCCUCAGAGCUGCCCAGGAGAUCAGGCACAGAUACAACAGGCUGGACUAUCUCUACCUCAAUGCUGGUAUCAUGCCUAAUCCACAUGUGGAUUACAAAGCUUUCUAUAAAGGCUUGUUUUCUGGUCGUGCAAUCCACAUGUUUUCAACGGGUGAGGGUCUCCUGACACAAAAAGACACACUCACCUCUGAUGGUCUACAAAAAGUGUUUGCUACUAAUCUCUUUGGCCACUUUCUACUGGUGCGGGAGUUAGAGCCCCUGCUCUGCAGACCAGGCUGUAGUUCUCAGGUGAUCUGGACUUCCUCCAGCAAUGCCCAACGGUCAGCCUUCUGCCUCGAUGACAUACAGCACAAGGGAGGCGUUGAACCCUAUAGCUCCUCCAAGUAUGCCUCCGAUCUGCUGAGUCUAGCCCUGAACCGCCGCUACAACAGCCAAGGUGUGUACUCAUCGGUGAUCUGCCCUGGACUGGUGAUGACUAACCUUACUUAUGGCAUCCUACCCUCCUUCUUAUGGACACUUAUCAUGCCUUUAAUGUGGCUUCUACGAAUGUUCACCAACACUUUCACCCUCAUGCCGUACAACGGAGCUGAGGCUUUGUUUUGGCUGUUCAUGCAGAAACCUGAGACACUGGAUCCACUGGCGAAAUACCAUAGUUUAACCUCUGGGCUGGGAAACAAUUACACUCAGCCUCGCAAGAUGGAUAUUGAUGACACCAUAUCAUCAGCCCUUUAUGAGAAAUUACUAGCGCUAGAACAUACAGUGCGGAUGAAACUGAAAGAUGAAGACCUUGGACAUACAUCCUAAGUCAGCUACAUAGAGGGGGUGGAGAAUAUUUUACCAUUCAUGUAAAUGUUUCAUAAUUAGAAAAAUAAACUAGAAAUCACCCCAAAUUAACCCUUUUAAAAGUGGGCUUAUGUGAACUCCACUAAAAUUAAUUAACCCUGGUGAUUUUACAUGGGUUCAUAGUAAAAACAUCAAGAUGUUUUGUAUCUGAGCUGUAAUAUCCACCAAACCCCACCAGGUUUUGGAUCUUGUAUGUAACGAAAUAUUAUUUUUUAUUUCAUAAUUUAAAAUUUGUAAAUGUUAGAUACAUCCUGUCACUGAUAUCCCUAUAUCUAUAUUUACAACAGUUAUGUGAUUACAGUGUUCAGUGACUGUCUGCAAACUUACAAUUGUAGUUUUACAUUUAACAAAUCAUUGAAAAAUUUCAAUAAUUAAACUCUUAAAUGAC